AUGAUAAAUUUUAAUUAUCAAUAUCUUCGACCAUUUGUCUUACCAUAUUAUAUUGAAAAAAAUAUUCAAGAUAUAAGUGGUAAUAAUGAUAAAUAUAUUAGUAAAUCUAUUGAAGAUAUAGAAGAUGAUUUAAGAACAAAAUAUUAUAAAAGAAAAAUUACAAUUAAACAUAUUGAUGAUUCAAAAAAUUUAACUGAAAAAUAUUUAGAUUUUUUUAUGUCAAAAGAACAAUUAGGAUUUGGGUAUGAAUUUUCUAAUCCAUUAAAUACAUAUGAUGUUACAAUAAGAUAUAAUAAUAUAGCUAUACAUUCAACAAUGAUAGGAGUAGUUGAGUAUUUUGAAACAUUUCAUGAUCUUCAUAUAACAUCAAAUCUUAAAAUAUUAAGUCCACGUAAUAUUAAAGGAAGUUUUUUGGCAAAUCAAAGUUACAGUUCAUCAUCAGAAGUAAUGCCAUGGUUGUUAGAUAUUGAUCAAGAUAGUACUUUAGCAUUUAUUGUUCUUGUUUUAUUUGGUGUUCUUCAUACCUCUCACUCAAUGAUAUUUUUAGUUGAAGAAAGAAUCUCUCAAUUUAGACAUCAACAAUUAUCAGCAAAUAUUCCUAAAGUAACAAUUUAUUUUGGAAGUUUUUUAUUUAACUUGAUUACAUUUUUAAUUGGUUUAACUUUUAUAAUGACUGGAUUGAUGUUAACUUUUCCAUCAUUUUUACAUCUUAAAAAUAUUAUAUGUUUUAGUAUUAUUUUAAUAACAUAUUUUAUGGCAAAUAUACCUUUUGUAUGGAUGAUGUCAAAAUUAUUUGAAAAACCAUUAAAAGGUUACAUAUUUAUGAUAUUUUUUCAACUUUUAUUUCCAAUGCUUUUUUUUGUAAUGUCAUUUAUAAUUAUUAUGUUUUUUCAUAGAUUUCUUCCAUUACAAGGAGUACAAAUUAUCGGAAUACUAUCACCAUCAGGAUGUUUAAUUUUUCAUUUAACAGGAAUUGCUGGAUAUAUGUCAUUUAACAAUAUUGUUGAUUAUUCUUUUACAUUUGGUUCACUUUUACAAAUACAAUUACUUAGAGGACUUUUUACUUACAUAAUUUUUUGGUUUUUUGAAGAUGACUAUAUUCAAUAUAUAUAUCAUAGAAAAAUUAAAAGAUUAUUUUGGGGUAUAAUAAAUUUAUUUAGUAAAAAAGAAUCUAAUAAUAUUAAUCCUAAUCGUAAUAUGACAAUGAAUAUGGCAAGUGAAAUUAUUUUUGAAAAUAUAGGAAAAAAACACAAAAAAAAUUAUGUAAUAAAAAAUAUUAAUUUUGAAGUUUCUAAGAAUGAAUGUUUUUGUUUAAUUGGAAGUAAUGGUGUUGGAAAAACAUUAAUUUUUGAUAUUUUAACAAAAAAAACUUAUGCUACACAAGGACAAUAUUAUAUUAAUGGGGUUCGAUUUAAUAGAAAUCAAAUAAAAAUUGGAUAUUGUCAACAGAUAGAUUCUUUUAUGCCCCAAUUUACUAUUGAUGAGAUUAUGAUUUUUUUUGCAAAAUUACAUGGUUAUGUUCAGUUUGAUGAAAUUGUUAAUGAAAUUAUUGAAUGUUUUGGUUUAGAAAAACAUAGAUUUAAAAGUUUUAAAAGAUUAAGUGGUGGACAAAAAAAAAGAGUAUCUUUUUCUGUAGCUGUUCUUUCUGGAGAAGAUGUUUUAUUGUUAGAUGAACCAACAUCUGCUGUUGAUCCAAAAUCAAGAAGAUUUAUGUGGGAAUUUAUAAAAGCAGUUAGAGAUUUAAAUAGAACUGUUAUUAUUAGUACAAAUAAUGUUGGUGAGUGUGAAUAUUUAAGUACAAAAAUAGGAUAUUUUCAAAAAAAUAAAACAUUAGAAGUUGGUGAUGUAGAUUAUUUAAGGAAUACACUUACAAAUGGAUUUAUUGUAACUGUAACUAUAGAAAAUCCAUCACAAAUUACAUGGAUAGAAAUUGAAAAAAAUAUAAUUCAAAAUUUUGCAUCAUCAAAUAUUAAUUUUCGUACAUUUAGAAGAACUAAUCAAUGGAAUAUUUUUCCUAAUAAUACUAAAAUGACAUGGCUUGAAGUAAAUAAUGAAAUUGAGAAAAUUUUGGACAAAUUUAAAAAAAAUGAAUCAGAAGAAAUUUUUUCUAUUAAUGAGGUAAAUGAAGAAAAUUAUGAAAAACCUAUUGUGAUAUCAUAUGAUUUAUCUAAUUGUACUUUUGAUAAAGUACUUUAUGAAUAUAUAGUUAAUAAAGAUGCAUCUAGUUUAGAAGAUCGUUCACGAACAUCUCUCUAA